GGUCAGCUGGAUGUACUCAAAAUCAAGUUCGAUUCCACUCAUAAUCAAGUUCGGACCUCGAACUGAAAAUGAGUGGUUUUCUGAACUUGAUUAUGAGUGGAUUUUUCACUCAAACGACAGUUCAAAAGCUGAACUGACGUUUGAGUAAAUUGAACUUGUCAUUUUUGUCACAGUCUUUCAAGUUUUGCGGCUAAGUCCAGUUCGUUACAGAUGCAAACACGCUUUCUUUCAACAGGAUAUACGGAACUGGUUCCCGGAACACAACGGGGACGGUCGGAACUGGUUCGCGGAACGGACAUGGGGGAAGGGGUUAUGGUUUAUCCUCCCCACUCGGUGGUGUUCAAACGUUGGCACGACUGGUGCUGCAAAUGUGACUAUUCGUGGUAUCGAUGACCGUUCCCGGUCGGCAGUCGGUCGGCUGCCUUGGCCAACUGGACGAUAUUAAUCCACCUACCGCGGACGAUCCUGCUGUGCCGAAGCAGAAGAGCAGAAGGUUUUGGUCAGGAUACUUUUAGGCGGUGUUUGGGCGUUUGGAUCGGCACCUGUGGCAACGCCAGUUGCGGCGGCUCCUUAGACGGUGUUCGGCCAAAACUUCCACCACUCCUUCGUCGAUUGCCUACACCAGCACGAUUCAAUCGCUGGGGAACUCCAUCAAGAGUGGUGCAACUCAAUCCAACUACAGCCGAUGGAACGUUUGCCAAGAGUUGGUCACCUACAGUACGGCGGUACUGCAUCAGCAUCCGCAUCAGCAGCAUCGGCUGGCAGCAACAAAACUCUGGGCAUGACGUCGGCCAUCAGUUUGGCGGAACCGAAGCCGGAAGACCAUACCAAGACGGUGGAGCUGCAGAAGGCGUUCAAGCCGUACGUGGCGCCGCGUAACAUCGAACGGCAGAACUAUUUUGGGUCGUUCUUCGAGCUGCUGAAGAAACAGCCCAAGAUGACGGAGAGCCGCACCGUCCAGGAGGCGUUUGUGCCGGUCGUCAAGAUGAUCUUUGACGGCAUCGAGAUUGAUUUGCUGUUUGCGCGGUUGGCGCUGAAGGAGAUUCCGGACAACAUUGACCUGCGCGACGAUAUGCUGCUGAAGUAUCUGGAGUCCAAUUCGGUGUGCCGCGUCACGGACGAGAUCCUGCGGCUGGUGCCCAACAUUGACAACUUUCGGCUGGCGCUGCGUUCGAUCAAGCUUUGGGCGAAGAAUCAUGGAAUCUACUCCAACUCGUUGGGUUACUUUGAAGGUGUGUCGUGGUGGCGAGGACGUGCCACCUCUACCCGAAUGUCGUCGCGGCCACGCUACCAAUAAUCCGGUUCCCCAGCAAAGAAUCUUGGCAGAACCAUCAACCGGAAAGCGUCAACGCACGGAGCAGCAACAGCGACGCAGAUGAGAUCCUCGUACCGUCGACGCGACGACGACCACGGACCCCGGCAUACUUGAUGAUAUCACAUCACAAACCGCGGACGAGUCGGCUACCUGCGACUGGGCAUUUGGAUCGGCGCCCGUGCCAAAGCCAGUUGCGGCAGUACCAACGCUGACCCGGUGUACCCAAGAUCUUCAUCAGGAUAAGUUCCGGGGAGGACUUGAAAGCGAUUCGGAGGGGAAGGCUUGCCGGGACCACUGGUUCCGUUUUCGGGUUGACCAAAAGAACGGAGGCAACGUCACCCGAACUGCAAUAUCCUCAUCACGGGGCUCCUGACUGCGUUUGAUCGAGUCAAUUUGAGUUUGACGAGCGGAUGCUGGCGCCCGGUGACAUUGCGUCCUGGUGCUGUUUUCCGAUCAGCGCUGAGCUAAUGGUCGCCAUCAUAGGUUCUACCAACCGAUCCCGCCAUCCUGCAUCUAGAUCAGCUAGAUGAGCUGAUUUGCAUUCCGUUACCGGAAGAUAAGCACCGAAGGCCAUCUCGAAGAAAAACCUGUGCAAGCUUUUUAAAUGAAUAUG